CAUAACAUGCCAGCAGGCCUUCCAGGAAACUCAACACAAAUAUCAAUGGAGUCCUUGUCAUUUAAUUUACCCAUGGCAAAGGUGUCAAAUCUUGUCUUUUCUCCUCUCGCAACUGGCCAAGCUAUUAACAUGGUAGGUGAGGGCAGUAUUCCAUCAUCACCCAGCAGAAGCUCUUCAACUGGGGAGGGAUCAUGCGCAGUGUGUGGAGAUAAUGCAGCCUGUCAACACUAUGGAGUUAGGACAUGUGAGGGAUGUAAAGGCUUCUUCAAGAGAACAGUGCAGAAAAAUGCAAAAUAUGUAUGUCUGGCAAAUAAAACUUGUCCAGUGGACAAAAGAAGAAGAAACCGCUGCCAGUACUGCAGAUUUCAAAAAUGCCUCAGCGUUGGCAUGGUUAAAGAAGUUGUAAGAACAGACAGUCUGAAAGGAAGAAGAGGAAGACUUCCAUCUAAACCAAAAAGCCCUUCUCAUCAAGAAUCAUCUCAAAGGAGUUUGCCAUCUCCCUCAAACAGUAUGUUGGAAGCUUUGAUUCAAGCAGUGGAAGACUCUUCACCCAGGGAUCUUGACUACUCUACGUACUCUGCUGAUACUGAUCAGGCGGCUGCCAGCACAGAUAUAGAAUGUAUUCAACAGUUCUACAAUCUUCUUACUAUCUCCAUUGAAAUCUCUAAAAAAUGGGCAGAAAAAAUUCCGGGAUUUGGUGAACUUUCACCGGAUGAUCAGACAUUACUGAUAGAAAUGGCAUUUCUGGAACUUUUUCUAUUAAGGCUUUCAAUCAGGUAA